GUGGACCGAGAACCCGGAGAGUCUCCGCGGUGUGAGAUCCGCCGCGGGACCGGACCCGGUCAUGUCCAGGGCUGGUGAGCGGGAGGGAGGCCGUGUGUGUGGACCGUCCCGGGAGAAUGUGCGCGGCUGUCCACCGGGGACCCCCGGUCCUCCGGGUCCUCCGGGUCCUCUGGAUCCUCCGGGUCCUGCUGCUGGCCGCUGCAGACACGCUGGACCGGACCCACCGGGACGCACCUGAGCUCACCUGCAGCGAGGGUUUGGCCCACUGCCGCCUGAGCUCAGGGUCUUCGUUCCCUGAAGCCUUGCCCGAUCCUCGUGGGCCUCUGACUGUCUCACAGUUGAAACUGAAAGUCGUUCUGUGCUGUUCAGAAAAACAGGACUGCGUACUUUGUCUGCAGAUCGUCGUCAGCCUCCGAGAGAUCAGUGCUGGAGAGGGUUUUUCUGGUGAAUCGGGAGACGACAGCGAUGAGGAGCGGACGAAGCAGCUGGCAGAGGGAAGUGUGAACUUGUGUCUCAGCUCUCCAGCGACUGCUGAUCGUUGUAAAGCUCUCCAGUUUGAAUGGGCUUCAUCAGGCCGGGCGUCUCAGCAGUCCACACAUGAGCUGCUGUUGACAGAGAAAGUGAAUUUUGAAAGUCCGGUUGUGGUCCGAGCGUAUUCGAAGGGAGGACUCAUCUUCCAAAACAUCUCAGUUCCCAGUUUGUUGGAAGUUUGCUCCAUGAGGCUUGACGGCAGCUUAAAGAAGUGUGAAGUUCCCAGACUCAGAGUCAUGACUGGUGAUCUGAGAAAUUAUUCGACAAUCGGGGAAUUUUUCCUACGACUGGAAAACACUGACGCCAGAAAAGAUGCGUUGCGCUGGCAGAUGGUUUGGAAUGACAACGCUGGAGAGGUCCUGACGUGGCCCAGAAACAAGAGUGAGGUCGUCAUUCCGUCCCAUUUGAUCGUGCCAUGCCUGUGCUUCAAGGUGUGGUGGACAGGAAGUGACCUUCAAGGAAAAUAUUGUCCUUUUAACAGUCAACAAGAUGCACUUCAAAGGAUGUGGCACAACGUGACCGUGUCCCUGGAGGAGUCUGGAGCGAGGGGAGGGCUGACCUGGAACGUGACGGCGCCCUGCAGGCUGGACGCGGAGCUGUGGCUCUGCAAGAUGGACCCCGCCGGAGGUCACUGUGAAGAGGUGACGGGCUCCCGGCAGAAGCUCCUGUCAGACUGGCGAGCGACACGCAGAGGACACUGGCAAGCGGGGGAGUUCAACCUGUCGUCUCAACCUCUGUUUUGUAUUCAGAUGCAGAUCAAAGGGAUGGAAUCAUACUUGGAACCACACUGCCCAUUCACGACCUCUCACUCCAGAUGGGGCCUGGCUCUCCUCGUUGCAUUACUGCUGGUGUUUCUGGCUGUGCUCGGAGCAUAUUUUAUACAAGGGAUCCUCAGAGGCUAUGUGUGGAGAUGGCUGAAGGAAGAAGACGUGAAAGGCGCCGUGGGCGGUGGUCACGUGUUGCUGCUGUACUCUCCAGAUGACGACAGGAGUCUGCCAGGCCUGCUGUGUCACUUGGGCUCCAGCCUCCAGGCUCUGGGCUUCAGCGUGUCCCUGGACCUGUGGAGCCAGGCCGAGCUGGGCAUGCUGGGCCCCGUGCCGUGGCUCCACUCACGACUGGACCGGCUACAGAGGCAGGGAGGGAAGGUGGUGCUGGUCCUCACCCAGGCCACCUGGACAAGGGCUGAAGAGUGGGGGGUUCGAGGCUGGGAAAGAAGCCUGGCCAGGGAUAAGAACGUGAAGGAGGAGGAGGAGGAGGAGGAGGAGGGAGGAGGAAGAAGCGGCCCUGCCUCUUCUCCGUGCGGCGAUGUUUUCAGUGCCUCGCUGAGCUGCAUCCUGGCAGACUAUCUGCAGGGCCGCGCCGGCGAGAGGUUCAUGCUGGUGCAGUUUGAGUCCCUCCCUCCCGAACCUCCGGGCAGUUUCCGGCCGCUCCCUCAACUCUUCCGCGGCCUUCACGUCUACAGCCUCCCCUCCCAGAGCCUGGGCUUCCUGACCGAACUGGCCGGAGCUCGGCAAAUGGCCACGGCGUCGGCCAGACGGAAGAGGGCGGGGGGGCUCAGGAUGGCGUCCCGCACUCUGGCCCAAAAGCUGUCGGGCUUUUCAGCUGGGGCAAACGUGUUACGCCUCGCCGGGGUGUCCCAGAGCUGCGUUGGUGCGGGACUAGAAGACUCGGGGGAAAUGGUCCCCUUGCAGACAUGUCUGAUCACCCCCCCAUCCAGCCCAGACACAGACCCCAGGGACAGUGAGGUGGACUGGGUCUGACAGCAGGGGGGUAAAAACUGUUCUGGGUUCAGCAGAGUUGAAGUUUUUCAUAUUAAAAAAGCACAAAAUAAGAGUUACAAUAGUCUUCCAUAGUUUGAUAGUUACUAAAAUGUGUCUGAAGGACUGGUCACAGUGUUGGAGGGAUUCCCUGCACUGGAUCAAAGAAGAAAAAUAUAGGUAUUCACACUACUGUCGGUCAUUUUGUCACAAAUUGUCAUUUGAAAAACGGCACUUAAAAACCCAAACAAUGCUCACAAUGGAAAACAGAUUUUUAUGUGACUGUGUGUCUGAAGGUGUAUGUCUGUGAUGUAUCCGAUGCGAUGCAUUGAAAUAAGAGCAUCGUGGAUACUGAUGGAUCAUGUAAAGUGUGCUCUUGUGAUAAAAUGCUCUAUAAGAAAAACUCCAUUUACACAUGAACUCUCUUUUAUCAACUGGAUUUUACCUAUUUUGUUGUGGGUUGCUCACUAUUUUACCACCUUUUGUGUGUGUGUGUUGGUCCCCUGUUUUCAUUGUAUUUAAUUGUAUAUCUCUGGAUGUUUUGAGUGUGUUUUGUAUAUGUUUAUGCACAACCAGUUUUUUUUUUAUUUUCAGUCAUUUGUGAAGCACUUCACUUGUAUUUUAUUGUCUGAAAGGCAUUGUAUACAUAAAGACUGAUUUUUUGACGUUAGAUGCAUAGAUCAAUGUUAACAUGAAACUUUUUCUUUUUGAAUUUUUCCAACAAUUUUUGUGAAUGCAAGUUCCAACAGGUAUGGCUGUGUGUUUGGUCCUAUUUGCUGGUGAAAUAGCACCGAUCAAUGUGAAUGAAGGUAGAUGGAUUCAGAUCCAAAUAAUUAAACAGAAGGAGGGAUGCAUGGGAAAGAGGUGGGGCAAGUAAACGUUCAAGAAUCAGUAUUACUCCCAAGCUUGGCAAUUAUUUCUGAAGACAGUAAAAAAGAAACAGAACUGGAGAUGAAUCAGGAAUUAGAUGACUGAUCAUAACAGGAAUAAAUGAGUGUGUUGGUGUUCUUGUCUUGCAUCUGAUCAGGAAAAAAAUGUUACAUUAUAGUAAGCAUAAGUACUUAUAAAUUAAUAAAAUGUGAAAAUAUGAGCGUGUCUGUUUUGCAGUGUAUGCAUGUCUUGUGUAAAAUGAAGCAUUAAAAAUGUAAG